UACAGCCACUAGAGCUCACAUCUCUCAACAUGAGCUGUAACUGCUACUCUGAUAACUUGUCUGCCUCCUUUAGGAGCUGCCUGCCCAUUGUGGAUUCCUCCUGUUGCUCCUCCUGCUCAAGCAACCUGGUCUACCCCACUACCAGCUGCUCUCCCAGCACCUGCCAGCUGAGCUCCUCUCUGAACAGUAGCUGCCAGGAGACCUGCGUUGAGCCCACCAGCUGCCAGAGGUCCUGUGUGGUGCCCAGCCCCUGCCAGAAGCCCUGCUACUACCCCAGGAGCUCCACACCUUGCAGUCCCUGCCAGGGAACAUAUGCUGGCUCUCUGGUCAUUGAGCCUAGCAGACUCUGCUUGCUGGAUUAUGGAUCUAGAAGAUUCUACAUGGUGGAUUGUGGAUCCGGUGGCUUUGAGUCUCUGAAUUAUGGAGUCUCUGGCUUCCCUUCCAUGAGUUAUGGGUACAGAUUCUGCUGGUACCCAAUCCACCUGGCUGCUAGUAUCUGCGAACCAUAUUAUAAACCAGCCUGUGGUAAUAUUCCCUAUGGAUUCAACUGCUGAGCUUCUCUCUUCCUUCAUGCAAUAUAAAAGUAAAAAGUCUGUAUGCCCUGCAGACAUUGUUUCUGGCUUAGCAACUCUUGAUAUCUGUUAUUUCUACAAUUAACUGCAUUUCUCAUUCUCAAUUACUGGGAGAUUCUGGAAUUUGUGGGUAACCUCCAAUUAUUCCUUUCUCUAUAUACUAUGGGAAAAUGAUAUACAUAGUUUGGUUUUCCUCCAAGAGCAGAUGAAAAUAAAAAAAAAUUAAUCUAAUAAAUGUAUGCAUUCUGAAA